AUGCCAGGAAGGACCGUGUCCAACUCUUCAGACGUGUCGGCAACUUCACUUGGUUCUCGCUCCGACGACUAUGGUGACCUGGUCAUGUCAGGUCUCAACACACCUGCUCAAGAGAAGACAGGCAUUGAUGGUUUCAGGGUGCCAGCGGCGCCAGAGGUGCGCUCUCCAAGAGGCAAGUUGCGAGUUUUUGUCGAGUUAAUGUUCCCCUCUAACCUUCCUCAUAUUACUGCGCCACUUAUAUUCCAGUGCCACGGAUUCAAUUCCAUCAUUGAUAUCUUUUUUUAG